GGCGCUGACGCGGCCACCAGCGUGUCCGUGCGACGACGAGGGAAAGACGAGCUUCCGUAAACAACACAAGGCAGCUAUGGUGCUGGAAGUGAGUGCCGGGUGUCUCUGUUUGUUAAUCUCGUUUUCCACCUGUUGUUGUCCCACAAAGGAUGUUUACGAUGCCUCGCACUGAGCCCUCCAGCGCGGCCUCUCCCGGCACAACGAGCCCUCGCGUGGGGUCACGCGCCACAGCCGGCGGAGGAGACUGCGCACGUGUGAGCAGUGACCGCAGCGGCCCGGAGAGCCGAGAGAGGGCGCGGGUGCUGAAGGAGGUCGGGCUCACCAGCGCCUCGUUCAUUGGGCCCACGUUUCCGGCAGGGAAGGCCACAGCGAAGCCGCCGGACAUUGAAGACACGCUGAGCGAGUUUUACAGAGAGCUCGAGGGGAUCGACGCACCAGGCGACGCUAACUCAGGGAAACACGGGGGAGGUCUUGCUCCUCACCCAACACCCGUCCGCGAGCAGAGCCGCGGCGCAAGCCAGGAGAGAAACGUCAACGCGGGCGAAUCUGCGGAACCAGACGGGUUCCGGAACAGCAGCGGACAGAGGCGUCCGCCUUGGCCGCACUGGCAUCAAAAUGAGCCGUACUACCCCAGAAGGCCGAGGCCGGGCGUUGACCUGGCCCGUGGCAGACCUGCUCCUUCUCAAAACCACUGUUAUUAUCCCAGGCCACUGAAUAGACCAGCAAACCCAGCACCACACAGACCCCCGUUCCCACACUUGCCGCCGUCAACUGCUUUCCCGAAUCCACAAAACCCGCCGCCACACGCGAAUCCCAACUGGAGCAGGUCGGGCGCGGUCGACCAGUAUCAAGAGGAGGCGCGUUUCUCAGCAUUUCUUAACACCCCAUCUCCGGAUGUAUGCAGCCCCCCCACUCAGGGCUAUUACAAAGAGUAUCCACGUCACUUUGACAGGGACGAAUGGGGUUGCAGCCACGAUGUAUACUCAGAUAAUGAGAACACAGGAUGGUCUGGAGACAGAGAAGAAGAAUGGCCACAGUUUGAUGACGAUUACGACAGGCGCCAGAGAUUUGUUCCAGAAAACGAAGCCUGGGAGCAGCAGCGUCACUUCCGACGCCCCGAUAACACUCAUGCGCACCAUUCGUCCUUGGUGCUGAUCUUGAUGAGGGGACUGCCAGGAUCUGGGAAAUCGACGCUGGCCAGGGAGCUGCUGAGCACUGGUCCCAGUGGGCUAAUACUGAGCACAGAUGACUACUUUGCUCAGGAGAAUGACUACCGCUAUGACCCAGGCCUUCUUGGAGUGGCACACCACUGGAACCAGGGCAGAGCCAAAGAUGCUAUGCAUGAUCGUCGUUCUCCAAUUAUUAUCGAUAACACAAACACUCAAGCCUGGGAAAUGAAGCCAUAUGUCACAAUGGCCUUGGAGAGAGGAUACAGAGUGGACUUUUGUGAACCUGACACCGGCUGGAAGUUUGAUCCUUAUGAGCUUGAGAAGAGGAACAAGCACGGUGUUCCCCAUGAGAAGAUUGCACAGAUGCUGGAUCGCUUUGCAUUCCCCAUAUCCGUAGACAUUGUCAUGAGUUCACAAGAGCCACCUCACGUGAACCAGAGACAUCAACCGGAGCAGCUACAGGUGACGGGGAGAAGCCGAGACCUCUAUUAGUCUAACCAGCCAAAUAAUUUUGCUUGAAGAACAACAGCGUUCCUAGUUUUUCUUCAUGACUUUUGUAUAUAUAUUUUUGUAUCAUGUGAAUUUGUGUAAAGGGGAAACAAAUUUAUUUUCUCUAAAACGAUUUUUUCAUUAUUAAAUUGUCGUGUGUAAUGUUUUUUCUAGGACAAGUCAAAUCUGCAUUUUUUUUAACUAUUUGUAUUUAAUGAUAUUUCAGAUUUGUAUUUUGUAUGUUAUUUUUGCAAGAACACUGAAAACCAUAUGCCUUAUGCAAUUUUAAUCGAUUACCAGUUUCUUGUUAAAAAGAAUUUCAGCCACUUGUGAUUCCCUGAAAACUGCAGAGGAGAUUUAUGUCCUGGUAAACCACAAGUUUCAGAGUUAAUUCGUCGUCAUGGUUAUGUUUGUUUAACUAUGUUUGUUGACUCUCUCUUUGUUGUUUGGCAGCGAGGAACACAAAGUGUCAUUUUCAAUUAAAGUUUUCUCAGAAGUUA